UCAGUCAAAUUAGACGGUAUGGACAGGAAAUUACCGGCACCUCCGCCUCCACCGGGAGCUGUACCACAUGGACGUUCCAACGGACGUCCUCCAGCGCCACCUGGAGCACCUAAUCGAUCCUUGCCACCACCUCCACCUCCACCAGGAACGGCUGUUCGAAGAGGUAUCCCACCACCUCCACCACCUCCAAGAGCUCCAAGCCGUGCACAAGCUACAGGAGGGAGCUUACCACCACCACCACCACCACCCCCAUCUUCCACGGGUAAACGUCAAAAAGUUCAUGCAUCAUCGUCAUCGGGAAAGGUUGUGGAUCUUGAAACCAGAAAGCGUCAAUGGCUUCAAUUGCAGAAAAAGAGAUACACUACCUCAUCGAUUAUCAAGUCCACUGGCGCAGCAGGCGGGUCAACAACUGUUUCCAAAGUACACUUGCCCCCACAACAUCUUCGUAAGAUCAUUCAUAAUCACGCAGACCUCUCGUCCAGGAAGUUUGCAACUGAUAAACGAGCGCACUUAGGAUCGCUUAAGUACCUUCCUCAUGCGAUUCUCAAGUUGUUAGAAAACAUGCCACAACCAUGGGAACAAACCAAGGAAGUCAGAGUACUCUACCAUGUUACCGGGGCCAUCACAUUUGUCAAUGAAUCCCCCAGAGUUAUAGAACCAGUGUACACCGCACAAUGGGCAACCACAUGGAUUGCAAUGAGAAGAGAAAAGAGAGAUAGAAAGAACUUCCGUAGAAUGACUUUCCCACCAUUUGAUGACGAGGAACCCCCAUUGGACUGGGCUGAAUCACUCGAAGACGUGGAACCAUUGGAUAGCAUUCAAGACGAGUCAGCUCCAGAAUGGUUGUACGACGAGAAACCAUUACUUGAUGCCGAAAGUGGUACUCUGCAUCGUAAAUAUGUUAACGGAGAAUCUUACAAGAAGUGGACGUUGGAUGUAGAGACAAUGGCACAACUUCAUCAAACGGCGACGCCAUUACUUCCAGAAAUUACCGAUGCCAACUACUAUUAUCUUUUCGAUAAACAAUCAUUCAUUACUGCUAAGAAAUUAAAUGUCGCUCUUCCUGGAGGCCCCAAAUUUGAACCUGAAGGGAACGUGAAACGUGAUACUGGUAAUGAAGAUUUUACCGAGUUCAAUUCCAUAGAUCGGAUCAUUUUCAGACAACCUAUUCGUACUGAAUAUAGAGUAGCAUUCCCAUGGGUUUAUAAUUCAGAAAUGAAUGUUGAAAAAGUUGGGUGGUAUUCCGAACCAUUGAGAGCUCUGAAUACAAAAUUCAACCAGGAACUUCCAGCUUUUAGAUGGGACCCUGAAUAUGUAGAUAUUCCUAGAAAGAGACGCAAGCCCAAGAAGAAGAGAGCUACAAAUUCCGCCAAUGCACUUGAGGAAUCAUACAAGUCUCUCUUGAAACCAAAAGUGGAACUCCCAACGCCAUUUGGGAUGGACUCACCCAUUGAACCUGAAUUCACUGCAUCUUCGAUUUCACUUUACCAUUCACCAUUUCCAUUUAAUAGACGCUCAGGAAGGACUGUAAGAGCUCAAGAUGUUGCCCUCACCAAACCAUGGUAUAAAUUACACACAUCGGGAAAGACACCUCUCAAGACUAGAGUGUCACACCAAAAGCUUCUCAAAUCUUAUGUCUUGAAUGAGUUGCAUUCCAAGAAACCUAACGCUGCUAUUCGUCGUGGCCUGCUUCUCAAAACCCUUAAACAAACCAAGUAUUUCCAAGAAACCACCAUAGACUGGGUAGAGGCUGGGUUACAAGUGUGUAGUCAAGGUUUCAAUAUGUUAAACCUUUUAAUUCAUCGCAGAGGGCUUACAUACCUUCAUUUGGACUACAAUUUUAACCUCAAACCUACUAAAACUUUAACUACCAAAGAACGGAAGAAGUCGAGAUUUGGUAACGCAUUCCAUCUCAUUAGAGAAAUUUUAAGAGUCGUGAAAAUCAUUGUGGACUCACAUGUGCAAUUUCGAUUAGGAAAUGCAGAUGCGUUCCAGUUGGCAGAUGGUAUUUAUUACAUCCUUAACCAUUUGGGUCAACUCACAGGGAUUUAUCGUUAUAAGUACAAGGUGAUGCACCAGAUCCGGGCAUGUAAGGACUUGAAGCAUGUUGUAUACAAUCGUUUCAAUGCUCUGAUCGGUAAAGGUCCAGGUUGUGGGUUCUGGCAACCAGCUUGGAGGGUGUGGCUUUUUUUCUUAAGAGGUGUUAUUCCGUUAUUAGAACGUUGGCUUGGUAACUUACUUGCCCGUCAAUUCGAGGGAAGAAGAAGUAAUGAUGUCGCAAAGACUAUCACCAAACAAAGAGUUGAUUCGUACUAUGAUUUGGAACUCAGAGCUCAAGUUAUGCAUGAUAUUUUGGAUAUGAUUCCGGAAGGUCUUAAAGCCAAUAAAACUAAAACUAUUCUUCAACAUUUAAGUGAGGCAUGGAGAUGUUGGAAGGCUAACAUUCCAUGGAAGGUCCCAGGAUUACCUGAACCAGUCGAGAAAAUUAUUGAAAGAUACAUCCAGGCUAAGGCCGAUGGCUGGGUUAGUGUUGCGCACUAUAACAGAGAUAGAAUCCGUAGAGGGGCUACAGUGGAAAAAACCGUUGCCAGAAAAAAUUUGGGCCGUUUAACCCGUCUUUGGAUUAAGAAUGAACAGGAAAGACAAGUUGAUUUUGCUCGUCAAGGUCCUUCUGUAACUCCAGAUCAAGCUGUAACCGUAUUUCAAACUAUGGUACAUUGGUUGGAAAGUAGAAAGUUUAGCCCUAUUCCUUUCCCUCCAUUAUCUUACAAACACGAUACAAAGCUUUUAGUGUUGGCAUUAGAAAACUUGAAGGAAUCAUAUAGUGCUGCAGCCAGACUUAACUCACAACAGCGUGAAGAAUUGCUGCUUAUCGAACAAGCGUAUGACAAUCCUCAUGAAUGUCUUGCUAGAAUCAAAAAGUUCUUGUUAACUCAACGUAUUUUCAAGGAGUGCGGUUUAGAAAUGAUGGACCACUACACCCAUUUAGUACCAACUUAUGCAGUAGACCCAUUAGAAAAAAUCACUGAUGCCUAUUUGGACCAAUAUUUAUGGUACGAGGGUGACAAGCGAAGAUUAUUCCCAAAUUGGGUGAAACCAAGCGAUGGAGAAGUGCCACCACUUUUAGUUUAUAAAUGGUGUCAGGGUAUUAAUAACAUCCAAGGAGCAUGGGAUACACUGAAGGGGCAAUCAACUGUAAUAGUUGAGACUUCUUUAUCCAAACUAGCAGAAAAUAUAGAUUUGACUCUUCUUAAUCGUCUUCUUCGACUCAUUGUUGAUCCAAAUAUUGCUGACUACGUGACUGCAAAGAACAAUAUCAGUUUGACUUAUAAGGAUAUGAGCCAUGUUAAUCAACAAGGUUUGAUCCGCGGAUUACAAUUCAGUGGAUUCGUACUCCAGUAUUAUGGUUUGGCCAUUGAUUUAUUGUUGUUGGGUCUUGAGAGAGCUUCACAACUUGCUGGACCAAUCACCCAACCAAACGGAUUCCUUCAAUUCGCUGACGAAAAAACUGAAAUUGACAACCCAAUCAGAAUGUACUCCCGUAACGUCGAUAAGAUUCACAUGCUUCUUAGGUUUGAUAGUGCAGAGGAAGCCGAUGAAUUAAUUCACGCCUUUUUGGCAGAGAGACCAGACCCUAACUUUGAGAACGUGGUUGGAUAUAACAACAAGAGAUGUUGGCCAAGAGAUUCUCGUAUGAGGUUGUUACGUCAUGAUGUAAACUUAGGUAGAGCUGUUCAUUGGGAGUUAGCAGGAAGACUACCAAGAAGUUUGACACUGCUUGAAUGGAGUGACACCUUUGUAUCCGUAUAUUCCCAAGACAAUCCUAAUUUACUUUUUGGAAUGUGUGGAUUUGAAGUUAGAAUUUUACCUAAAACUAGAUCUAUUGGUGAUGAUUCUUCGUCAGCCGAAGGAACAUGGGAUUUAGUCGAUUCUUCUACCAAGCAAAGAACCGCCAAGGCAUACCUCCAGGUAUCCCCAGAAGAAGUAGACCGAUUCGAAAACCGGAUCCGUCAAAUUCUUAUGUCUUCUGGUUCAACUACUUUUACAAAGGUUGCACUGAAAUGGAAUACUGCUUUGGUUGCUCUUUUUGCAUACUUCAGAGAAGCAGCAGUUUCCACGGAUCGUCUUCUUGAUGUGUUAGUGAAGUGCGAAACGAAGAUCCAGAACAGAGUUAAGAUGGGUCUUAACUCCAAGAUGCCGUCAAGAUUCCCACCUGCGGUUUUCUAUACCCCAAAAGAACUCGGAGGGUUGGGGAUGCUCUCAGCUUCGCAUAUUCUUAUUCCAGCUUCCGAUUUGCGCUGGUCUCAACAAACCGAAACUGGUUCUAUCUCUCAUUUCAGAGCUGGUAUGACCCACCAAGAACAAAAAAUGAUUCCAACUGUGUUCCGGUACAUCACUACAUGGGAAAAUGAAUUUUUGGAUUCUCAAAGAGUAUGGGCUGAAUAUGCUAUCAAAAGACAAGAAGCUGCUGAACUGAAUCGUAGAAUCACAUUCGAGGAUAUGGAAAGCAAUUGGGAUAGAGGUUUACCACGUAUCAGUACCUUGUUUCAAAAGGAUAGACAUACUUUGGCUUAUGAUAAGGGUCACAGAACCAGGUUGGAAUUUAGAAAGUUUUCCCUUCCAAGAGCCAAUCCAUUCUGGUGGACUUCGAAUCGUCAUGACGGUAAAUUGUGGAACUUGAAUGCAUACAGAACUGAUGUUAUUCAAGCACUUGGUGGAAUUGAAACAAUCUUGGAACAUACAUUAUUUAAGGGAACUGGAUUUGACUCAUGGGAAGGUCUUUUCUGGGAAAAAGCAUCCGGUUUUGAAGAUUCUCUCAAGUUUAAGAAGUUAACCAACGCCCAACGUUCUGGGUUGAGUCAAAUUCCUAAUCGUAGAUUUACAUUAUGGUGGCUGCCUACAAUCAACCGUGCUAAUGUUUAUGUUGGGUUUUUGGUCCAACUUGAUCUCACAGGUAUAUUCCUCCAUGGUAAAAUUCCUACAUUGAAGAUUUCAUUGAUCCAAAUCUUUAGGGCACAUUUGUGGCAAAAAAUUCACGAAAGUGUGGUUCAAGAUUUGUGCCAGGUUCUUGAUAGGGAAAUGGAAGUUUUGAGAAUUGAUCUGGUUGAAAAGCAAGCCAUUCAUCCUCGUAAAUCGUACAAGAUGAAUCUGUCUUGUGCUGAUAUUGUGAUGACUAGUAGCUACAGAUGGAAUGUGACUAGACCAGGACACUUGCACGGUCAAAUAGAAGAAAAUGGUGCCAAUAGCAGUAGUAAACUUUGGGUUGACGUUCAGUUGAGAUAUGGUGACUAUGAUUCGCAUGAUAUUUCUAGAUACGUAAGGGCAAAGUUUCUUGACUACACUAGUGAUACGACAUCCAGUUAUCCAUGUCCUGCCGGUCUUAUGGUUGGUAUCGACUUGGCCUAUAAUAUGUACGACGUGUAUGGGAAUUGGAUUCCUGGUCUUCAACCUUUGAUGCAAAACGCUAUGCGAGAGAUCAUGAAGGCAAACCCAGCACUUUACGUUCUUAGAGAACGUAUAAGAAAGGGUCUUCAACUUUACCAGCUGCAGGCGCAAGAGGCUAUGCUUAACUCCAAUAAUUAUGCCGAAUUGUUCAACAAUGACACUCAAUUCUUUAUUGACGAUACCAAUGUCUACAGAGUUACAGUGCAUAAGACUUUUGAGGGAAAUCUUGCUACUAAGCCAAUUAAUGGUGCAAUUUUCAUGCUCAACGCGAAGACUGGACAACUUUUCUUAAAGGUCAUUCAUACUUCUGUAUGGGCUGGACAGAAAAGAUUGAGUCAGUUGGCUAAAUGGAAAACUGCUGAAGAAGUUUCAGCUCUUGUACGGUCGUUGCCACGCGAAGAACAACCUAAACAACUUAUUGUAACUAGGAAGGGUAUGAUGGAUCCAUUAGAGGUCCACAUGUUAGACUUCCCAUCAAUUUCAAUCCGUUCCUCCGAAUUGAGGUUGCCAUUUGCCAAUGCACUUAAGGUGGAUAAACUUGCAGAUGUCGUUCUUAAGGCAAGUGAACCACAAAUGGUGUUAUUCCAAUUGUAUGACGAUUGGUUAGACAAUAUCUCAGCCUAUACUGCAUUUUCCAGAGUCAUCUUGUUAUUGAGGGCGUUGGGCGUCAGCACUGAACGAACAAAUUUAAUUUUACGCCCGGACCAUACAGUGGUCACACAAGAUCAUCAUGUUUGGCCAACGCUUUCGGACGAGCAAUGGAUCGAUGUGGAAACACAACUCCGUGACUUGAUUCUUAAUGAUUACGCCAAGAAACAUGGGGUAAAUAUCCAAUCGUUAACUCAAGCGGAAAUAAGAGAUUUAAUCUUGGGCCAAGAUAUCAGAGCACCAUCAGCCAAGAGACAAGAAUUAGCAGAAGUAGAUGGGAAGCAAGAAACUGAAAAUGGUAUGGCUAAUGCUAAUCAGCAACUUACUGCUUUAAAGACCACUACACAAAAUGUUCAUGGUGAAGACAUUGUAACUGUGACAACUACAAACUACGAACAGCUGUCAUUUGCAUCCAAGAAUGAGUGGAGAAAUCGCGCGAUUGCUUCUAGUAACUUACAUCUUCGUGCAAAGAACGUGUACGUCUCUUCGAAUGAUGAUGAUGAAACUGGCUUCACCUACAUUUUCCCUAAGAAUGUAUUGAAAAAAUUAGUACAAAUUUCGGAUUUGCGCACUCAAGUUGGUGCUUACAUAUAUGGUACUUCUCCUGAUGAUAACGAUAUGAUCAAGGAAGUGAAAAGAAUUGUUUUGGUACCACAACUUGCAACCACGCAUUCAAUUCAAUUCCCAAACAAAUUUCCAACGAAGACAGUUGAAAACGGGUUAGAUAAGCUUGAACUUUUAGGAUGGAUCCAUACACAAGGCUCAGACUCUGGCAUGCUUACACCAGUCGAUGUGACUACGUUAGCUCAGUUCAGAGAACGUGAUUCUUCUGUGUGGGAUUCAAACAAGGUAACCAUGACAGUGGCUUUCACACCUGGGUCGGUAUCUCUUGCUGCUUACACGCUUUCUGAAUCUGGUUAUGAAUGGGGUCUUAACAAUAAAGACCUCAUUUCUCAAGCACCACAAGGAUUCUCACCUCAAUUCAGUAACAAACGUCAACUAUUAAUCUCUGACAGAAUUGUGGGAUCAUUCUUGGUACCAGAAGAUGACCUUUGGAAUUACUCAUUUGUUGGAGCCACCUGGAAUGCUGGCACUGACUACGAUGUAAAAAUUGAUAUUCCACUUCCAUUUUACCAUGAAUUACAUCGUCCAAUCCAUUUCAAGACUUUUAAUGAAAUAGAGGGAGGCACAGAAUUGGAAGCUACUCAAGAAAAUGUUCUAGGUUAAAUAUUUUAUAGAAUAAAAGUAACAUAUCUUUAACUGGUAGAAUGAUUGUAUUAAAAA